AGAGAGAGAGAGAGAGAGAGAGAGAUAGAGAGAGUACUCCCAGCUGAUUUCCUGCACCAUCUUAACGGACGUCGGACCAGAACACUGCUCACCUCCGCUCGGGAACUUUUCAUGGCAGUACCAGCGGUCUAGUCCAUUUUACUCAGUGAGCUGGAGUCGGUACUGAUCGAACAGACCGAUCGAUACAACUCCGCGGUUACAGGCUGCUGGUACACGGACCAAAAUAGUAACUUCUUAAAAUACAGGAACACAACAGGAAGCAGCUGGGUCGGCAGCAGCCUACGUGCGGAUUGUAACCGCCACAUUAGAAGACUAUUCCCCGGUAAAUAAAGGGGACAGAGCGGCCGCAGGGAUGAUGAGAGAGCGCCCUGGGCUGGAGGAUGUGGCCGAGGAGGAGGACUUAUUCCCCGUGGAGGGGAGCUCCAAGAGCACGCUGGAGCGCCGCAGCUGUCAGGUUCCUGGAGAGAAGGAGGUGGAGAGGACGUUGGAGGAGGAGGGCCGGUUGUCCGUGUCCCAGAUGGAGGCGGAGUUCGCCCAGCUGACCUUCAGGAAGCAGGUGUCAUACAGGAAAGCAAUAGCUAAGUCCGGCCUGCACCAUCUUCCCUGUCAGCCCAGUACAUCAUCCCUGACCGACCCGGAGGCAAAUAUCCGCAGCACUCUGGACUGGACUGAUUCGGCCGUGUAUGGAGAUCACAUCUGGUUUGAGACAAACGUGUCUGGAGACUACUGUUACGUGGGAGAACAACACUGUAUUGCCAAAGCACUGCAAAAGUCAGUCAGUCGAAGGAAGUGUGCUGCCUGUAAGAUAGUCGCCCACACCAUCUGUAUAGAACAACUCGAGAAGUUUCCCAGCUCUAGAGCCAUUCUGUUGGAUGCCACCCUGCCCCUCAAUGACCCCAACUUUAGAAUUAAUUUCAGGUGUAAACCGUCUUUCAGAGAAUCGGGCUCUAGGAACAUCCGAGAGUCUAUUGUGGUGCGUCAUCACUGGGUGCACCGGAGACGGCAAGAAGGCAAAUGCAAACAAUGUGGAAAGGGUUUCCAACAGAAGUUUGCUUUCCAUAGUAAAGAGAUUGUAGCCAUCAGCUGCUCCUGGUGCAAACAGGCUUACCACAACAAGGUGUCCUGCUUUAUGCUCCAGCAAAUUGAGGAGGCUUGUCCAAUAGGAGCUCACGCUGCCCUUAUUGUCCCGCCUACAUGGAUCAUUCGAGUCCGACGCAAUCAGUCAUCUAUGAAGUCAAGUAAGAAAAAGAAGAGAACAUCAUUCAAGAGGAAAAGCAGCAAGAAAGGCGCUGAGGAAGGACGACAGUGGAAGCCGUUUUUAAUCCGACCCAUCCCAUCACCGCUGAUGAAACCGCUGCUGGUGUUUGUCAACCCCAAGAGUGGAGGAAACCAGGGCAAUAAGAUCCUGCAGUCCUUUAUGUGGUACCUGAAUCCCAGACAUGUGGGCUGGAUCCUGUCUUGUCUUGAUGAACUGGCAUUAAAUCCUCAACCUCCUGUUGCCGUGUUACCACUAGGGACAGGAAAUGACCUCGCCAGGACCCUCAACUGGGGAGGGGGCUUUACAGAUGAACCUCUGUCUAAGAUCCUGUCCCACGUUGAGGACGGAACUGUUGUCCAGUUAGACAGAUGGAAUCUACAGGUUGAACCAAACCACAGUGCAGGGGCUGAACCGGACGAACAGCAAACUGAUAAGCUCCCUCUAGAUGUUUUCAACAAUUACUUCAGUCUUGGAUUUGAUGCCCAUGUUACUCUAGAGUUCCACGAGUCAAGAGAGGCCAACCCAGAGAAGUUUAAUAGUCGUUUUAGGAAUAAGAUGUUCUAUGCUGGGACAGCGUUCUCAGAUUUCCUGAUGGGAAGCUCCAAAGACCUGUCAAAGCACAUCAAAGUGGUGUGUGACGGGACAGAUUUAACAUCGAAGGUUCAGGACUUGAAGCUGCAGUGUCUGGUCUUCCUCAACAUCCCCAGAUACUGUGCAGGCACUACACCUUGGGGAAACCCCGGUGAACAUCACGACUUUGAACCUCAACGCCAUGACGAUGGCUACAUCGAGGUCAUUGGAUUCACCAUGACCUCACUGGCUACUCUUCAGGUUGGAGGUCAUGGCGAGAGGUUGAACCAGUGCAGAGAAGUCACCCUCACCACUACAAAACCUCUCCCAGUACAGGUGGAUGGUGAACCGUGCAGACUCGCUCCCUCCGUCAUCCACAUCAGCCUCAGAAACCAGGCAAACAUGGUUCAGAAAACCAAACGACGGACCUCACUACCGCACCUUAACGAUCAACAGCCAGUCCCAGAAAAGCUGAGGAUCAGAGUCAGCAGGAUCAGUAUGACUGACUAUGACGCUCUGCACUAUGACAAGGACCGACUACGACAAGCAUCCAUUCCUCUGGGACUAAUCGUGGUUUCUGGUGACAGCGACUUAGAAACCUGCAGAGAACACAUCCAGCGUUUGCAGGAGGAGGAGGCAGCCAAGCCAAAAAGUCUUUCUUCACAAAGAUUAUCUCCAAAGUGGUGUUUCCUCGACUCUACAACGGCAGAUCGUUUCUACAGGAUUGACAGAGCACAGGAACACCUGAACUACGUAUCAGAAAUCUCCCUAGAAGAGAUCUUCAUCCUGGACCCUGAACUGGUUGUCAUGACAACUGUAGGCACCUCUCCUUCAGCCAUGCCUGACCUGGUGAACCCCGUCUCCAGCCUGGUAAACAGUAGUUCUUACCAAAGGCAACGAGUGAACAGUGACAGCUCUGCCAGUGAAGCUUUAACAGACGACACCGCACCUGUGGCCAGCAAACUCAGCAGGGCAGGUUGCAUCCAUCGUUCCAACACCACUGCUGCUGACUUCAAACCAAGACUGAGACAAGAAAAGUGCCAAAAGACAAGUGAAACGGAGAAGGAGCGAGAACAAGAAAUGUUGAUCGAGUGUGUGAAGAACAAGGACAGGAAGAAGCUGCAGGAGCUACACCUGAAGGGGGCAGACCUCACAGUGCUGGACCUAUCGGGCUGCAGUUUGCUGUACCACGCUGUCGGUACAGGAAGCAAAGAGAUGGUCCGCUAUAUCCUUGACAAUGCUCCAAAUGACCUGCUUGAUGUCACAGAAAAACUACAUGGGGAGACGGUUCUUCAUCUAGCUGCAUCUCUGUGCCACAGGACUAUCUGUCAUUAUCUGGUAGAAGCAGGAGCCUCACUGAUGAAAACAGACCUACAGGGUGAGACUCCUAAGAACAGGGCUGAGAAGGCUAAGGACUCUGAACUGGCGGCCUAUCUGGAGAACAGACAGCACUACCAGAUGAUACAGAGAGAGGACCAGGAAACGGCUGUCUGAAACUGUCGAACUCUUUGCGAGCGGGACGUGGAUGAAGACACUGCUGUCUUCGUCCUCCUCCUCGUGAGACGUACAGCAGCUCAUUGAGGCCUGGGUGACAGAAAGAGUGGUACACACCUUCCAAUUUGUGCUUGCAAGGAAUGACUCGGAGUCAACAGAUUGCAGACAGAGUGAAGCUGUGUCAAAUCUGAUUGCAACAUGCAUUUGGUAAUUAUUAUUAUUAUAGUGACUAAAAUGAUGGUAUAGUGAUGGACCAUUGAUGGUAGUGAUUGGGUGAUAAGGGUGAAGAAAAACAGGAAAAUUAGGAGACGUCCAGUACAUAGAGGUCAUUAUUUUUGUACUUUGAGUAGCUCAGUAAUGUUUAAGUCAAGAAAAUAGAAACAGCUUAAAGAUGAUCAUCUUGUUUCUGACUUUGAAUAGUAAUUUGGGCAGACUUGUUCUUAAAACUUUUUAAGAAAGAAAGGACUCUAACCUAAAAUGUAUCAUUCAGGAAAAUUAUUAAUGAUAAUGCAAUGUUUAGCGGGACCUCUUUGGUGUCAGGCAGAAAAAUGAGUACAGAUUCUAAUGCUAAUAUCAUGGUUGAAAAACUCAGGAAAUGUAGUUUAUUUCAUAAAACCACGGAGUAACAAUCUAACAAGGCUUUCACUGCAAAGCCCACUUAAAGUGGCUAUACCUUUAGAGGCUGCAAAGUGCAUUACACACCAACAUGUAAGAGAAAUUUGGGCUCCACGGUGAAAGAAACCAAUAGAAAGGUCAGGCGGGUCGAACCCAUUUCAUCAAAUUCAGUCCAUUAGCUUUUGUGUGUUUUAAAUAUUUGGGGAUUGUGAAAUCACAAGGAUUUAGGAAUAUCAAUAUCAGGUCUCAUGGCAAUCUACUGUAGUAAUUGUCAAGAGAUCUUGUUUGGACCAAAGUGCUAGACUGACCAACCGAGCUAUGAUCAUCACUCAGCCCCAACUAAUGACACAAUUAAUGUUUAUUAAUUGGAACGAAGCUCUGUUAUUAUUUUACUGUG